AUGUCCUCACGCAGAGGUCUUCUCUCCAACGCCAGGCGCCACCACGAGGCGUCCACCUCCUCCGCCCGCCAGAAGCAAGCCGGCCCAACCCCCCUGCCGCCCUACGAGCCGCCCUCAUGCCCGCUCAACGACGCCGGCAAGCGCGCGCUGGCCGAGCUCGCCAACAGCCGCGACACCAAGAAGUACGAGACGCACGUGAACCGCUCGAUCGACCUGCUGCGCGGCAGCGUGGGCGCCAUCAACGACCGCCUGCAGAUACGGCGCAACCACGCGCAGCGGCUCGCGGAAAAGAUACAGGAGGGCGGCGGCAGCAGCGACCGCGCGGACGAGCUGGCGCAGGCGCAGCAGCUGGCUGUGGAGAUCGGCGAGGAGGUGGACGGCCUGACGGCGCGGUCGGAGACGGCCAUGCGCGAGGUGAUUGAUCUGAAGGUGGCGCUCGAGGACGAGAGGGCUGUGGUGCAGGACUUGCAGGGGCAGGUGACUGAGCAUCAGGAGAGUGCUUCGCAUCAUAGACAGAGAGGAGAAGCCGAGGAGGGCGAAGACGAGGACGAGGAGAUGGUCGAUGCUGCUCCGCCGGUGCCUAUCCUUGAUCUUCUGAAGACCGGGCGGGAGGCCAAGGCUGCCGAGUACAACAAGCUAGGAAUGUAUGAGAAGUAUGCCACACAGAACGACUACAUCCUGUUCAAGAAGACGUGGCAUGACGCUGUCCACCCGGACGACGAUAUACCUCUCCCCGAUGCAACCACGUGGUUCGGAAAAGAUGGCCAGUCAGCAACCACAGGGAAGAAACGCAGAGGUCGUAGGACUACACAAGCAGACGACGACGAUGACGAGAUCAUGGUUGAGAGAGAGGUCAUAAGCUACAAGUGCCCUCUCACUCUAGCUACUUUCAAGGAGCCCUAUAGCAGCAAGCUAUGCAAGCACACUUUUGAGAAGUCUGCGAUCCUCGGCAUGAUACGGCAAGGUGGCGGACAAAUCCAGUGUCCUCAAACUGGAUGUAGUCAGGUUCUAAAAGCCAAGGAUCUCUUCCUUGACGAUGUCAUUGUCCGAAAGAUCAAGCGUGCACAAGAAGCUGAGAAGCGGGCACAAGAGGAGUCUGAUUCGGAGCCGGACGAAGAUGGUGAUAGAAGCAUGGCUAUUCAAGGAGAAAGAGAUAUCAAGGCAGAGCGAGUAGAGAGGAGCCAGAGAGGCCGACGUGUUGUUGAGGAUAUUGAAGAUGAAGAAGUUUAA